UAGACCUCAAAUCAAAAGGGACAUACAUGAUCACGUCCAACAAAAAACAGAAUUUUCUUUUGACUAUCGAAACAAGAAGAAUAAUCAAUUACCUUUUAUAACUUAAAAAAAAUCACCAUAAACAUUGCCCCUGUCUACUCGUGAAAACAACAACAACAUACAUACAUACAUACAUACAUACAUACCCUCUCUGCCUAUUUAAAUACCAGUCGUGUUUUGCUGUUCCUCGCCAAACACAAACGUUGCCUAUUUAAGUUGUUCACCAGUCAGUUCUUGCUAAGCUGAAAGAUAUGGAUCUCUUUCUUUCGUAUCUACUUCAGAUUGUAAUCCUGUGCAUUUCUCUUCCUCUCAUCGUCCGCAUUUAUAGACGCAAAUCUUCUUCCCGCAAUCUUCCGCCAGGUAGAAAAGGAUGGCCCAUCAUAGGUGAAACCCUGGAAUAUGCCCUGGCGAGUAAAAAUGGUGAUCCAGACAAGUUCAUUGCUGAUAGAAUGAGCAAAUACUCACCAGAACUGUUCCGAACCUCCUUGCUUGGAGAGAGCUUUGCUGUGUUCUGCGGCCCUUCUGGGAACAAGUUCUUGUUUUCAAGUGAGAACAAGUAUGUCACCACCUGGUGGCCACACUCGAUGGAACGAAUUUUGCUUUUUCCCCUCGACGUCGAGUAUUCUACCAGAGUAGAAACCGCCAAAAUGCGUAGCUAUCUCCCCGAGUUUCUCAAGCCAGAAGCUCUACAACAUUACAUACCUAUAAUGGAUUCUUUGGCUAAAGAACACUUGGAGACAGAUUGGUUUCCUCACAAACAAGUUAAGGUUUUCCCAUUGACGAGGAAGUACACCUUUGCAUUGGCUUGUCGGUUGUUUAUGAAUAUCACAGACCCAGACCAUGUGACCAGAUUCGGGAAUCCCUUCAGUCUUGUCACGGCUGGCCUCAUAUCCAUUCCCAUUAACUUUCCAGGUACAGCUUUUAGCCGUGCCAUCAAAGGUGGCAAACUCAUUCGCGAGGAGCUUUUAUCCAUCAUUAGAAAGAGAAAGAUGGAGCUCUCAGAGAAUAAAGGGUCGACACAAGUAGACUUGUUGACUCGCAUGCUCCUUAUAAAAGAUGAAAAUGGCAGGGGAAUGGAGGAGAAGGACAUUGCUAAUAAGAUUAUAGGUUUCUUCAUUGCCAGCCACGAUACGGCAAGCACUGCAAUUACAUUCGUCCUGAAUUACCUUGCAGAGUUUCCCCAUGUCUAUAACGAGGUCUUGAAAGAACAAAUGCAGAUUGCAGAGUCCAAAGGUCCUGAUGAGUUGUUGAAUUGGGAUGAUAUUAAAAAGAUGAAGUAUUCUUGGAAUGUGGCAUGUGAAGCAAUGAGGUUAGCACCACCUGGUCAAGGGGCAUUCAGAGAGGUCACGUCUGAAUUCACUUAUGCAGGUUUUACAAUUCCAAAGGGAUGGAAGACCUACUGGACGGUAAGUUCAACACACAAAAAUCCCAAAUAUUUUCCUGACCCAGAAAAGUUCGAUCCUUCAAGAUUCGAAGGAAAGGGGCCUGCACCAUACACUUUUGUACCGUUUGGAGGAGGACCUAGAAUGUGCCCGGGGAAAGAAUAUGCACGAUUAGAAAUUCUCGCUUUCAUGCAUAAUGUGGUCACCAAAUUCAAAUUGGAGAAAGUAGAUCCAUACGAAAAGAUUACAUACAAUCCAUCACCUACUCCAGUGAAUGGUCUUCUGGUUCGUCUCGACCCUAUGAGUUAGCUUGUAUGAAAAGUUAAUGGUGACUCGAUUAUGUUAAAUAAAGCUUGUACUAGCAGCUGUCAUCCCUUAAAGAGUACACCUUCAGCAACAUAUACCUUUGUUAUCCAUCUGCAAGAUCAAUGUUUAGAGAUUUCUAUCGUGUCUUACAGAUGUUGUAUUUGAGAGAGAAUUAAUUUAAGUACUUCAAUUUCAUUUGGUAAAAUAUUUUCU